CAAGAAACACGUACUAGAAACUUAAAAUGGGAGAUUGGUCAGACGACGAAAAAACAUCAGCUCCAGCACCAAAGCGUGCUACAGCUUCAAAAACUCAAACUGAUGAUUGGGGCAGUAAUGAUAGACAAGAUAACAAUGAUGAUCGGGGAAAUAACUUUUCAAGAGGUAGAGGACGUGGAGGAGGUCGAGGUAGAGGUGGUGGUAAUUUUGGUGAUCGUGAAAACAAUUCUGAAGGAUUUGGUGAGCGUCGUGGUAAAUAUAAUCGAGAAAAUCGUGAUUUUAAUGACAAUGGAGAAGAAGGAAGUGAUAAUCGUGGAUCUGGUAGCCGUCGAGGACGUGGUGGGUUUAAUAGAGAAAAUCGAGAAGAUUCAGACCGUCCACCAAGACGUGAUCGCAAUGAAAACAAUGAUAAUGGAGAUAAUCCAGAAGAACAGAAACGCGAGGUUUACAUUCCAGCUGAAACGACUGAAGAGGAACUGUUUGCAUCAUCAAUUAGUGCUGGAAUAAACUUCGAUAACUUUGACAAGAUUGAAAUUCACGUAACUGGUAAAGGAUCUGAUGAUUUUGACCAAAUUAAGACAUUCGAGGAAGCUGAAUUGCGUGACUUCUUGCUGAAUAAUGUGAAGAAAUCUGGAUAUAAGAAACCAACGCCAAUCCAAAAGCGAGCAAUUCCUAUUAUUAUGGGCAAACGUGACUUAAUGGGAUGUGCACAAACAGGCUCUGGAAAGACUGCAGCUUUUGUUCUGCCAAUUUUAAAUACAAUCAUGAACGAUAAAGAUACUUUAAAUCCCGGCAAGCCUCAAUGUUUAAUUGUAGCACCCACUCGUGAAUUAGUCAUUCAAAUACGCGAUGAAGCUAUGAAGUUCGCUUCUGGAUCUUAUGUCAAAGUCGCAUUAGCUUAUGGAGGAGCUGCUUCACGUUAUCAAAGUGAAAAUAUUGUUCAAGGAUGUCAUGUUCUUGUUGCUACGCCUGGCCGUUUGAUGGAUUUCGUCAAUAAAGGAGUUAUUUCUUUUGAUGAUCUGAAGUUUUUAGUCUUGGAUGAAGCUGAUCGCAUGCUUGAUAUGGGAUUCCGUGACACAAUCGAUAAAGUCUGCAAUCACAGUACAUUGAACAAAGACAGUUUGACAAUUAUGAUGUUCUCAGCCACAUUCCCAGACGAAAUUCAACGUCUUGCUGCUCAGUAUUUGCGCAACUAUUUGUUCUUGACUGUUGGAAUUGUUGGCGGUGCAUCAGCUGAUGUAGAACAAGAAUUUAUUGAAGUUCCUCGACGUGAAAAGCGACAAUUAUUGACUGAUACAUUAACUCAAUACAGCAAGAGCACUGAUGAAGAUCGCAUUUUAGUUUUCGUCGAAACUAAGAAAACUGCUGACUAUUUGGCAUCAUUCCUGUCCGAGACUACAUUAAGUACCACAUCUAUUCAUGGUGAUCGCUUGCAACGUGAACGCGAAGAAGCUUUGCGAGACUUCCGAACUGGCAAACGAAAGGUUUUGAUCGCUACUGCAGUUGCUGCUCGUGGAUUGGACAUUAAAGGCGUUACGCAUGUCAUUAACUAUGAUUUGCCAAAGGAAGUUGAUGAAUAUAUUCAUCGCAUUGGACGCACAGGACGAGUUGGAAAUCGUGGAAAGGCAACAAGCUUCUUCGAUCCAGAUGUUGAUCAAACUAUUGUUUCGGAUUUAGUUCGAAUUUUAACACAAACUAAACAAGCUAUACCUGACUUCUUUGGUGGAAUCAGCGCUGGAUCAUGUGGAAUGGCUGAUAAGUAUGGAGGAUCUGAUAUUCGUCAGCCUGUCGCUGCUGGUGCACCACAAAAAGAUGAAGACGAAUGGUAAACUGUUAAUUAACUAUUUUAUAAGUACUAUGUUUAAUGCUGCUUUAAUUUCUAUGAUACGUGAUAAUGAAUUAGUAACGAUAUAAAAACUUAAUAAAGAGGGCGCGUUAAUUUAUAGCCCAUACUAGCAAGUUCGAGUAAAAUGAACUUGAAGAAGAAA